AUGUGUUGGACACAUGCAGCAUUGGUACACAGUAGCUGCGGCGCGAGGCGAGUCCUGAACCUGCCGGAGAAUGCCAUCCGCUCUGCAGGCACCGAGGCCUUGGCUGGCGCUUUGAUCAGCGGGGCAACUCCUUUUUUGGAGCAGCUGGUGCUUGCAGGCAAUGGCAUCGGGACCAUCGGUGUGCACUACUCAGACUGA